CCCUCUGUAAAUUGGUGCGUAACACUACACAUAGAAAAAUAUAAAAAAAGAUAUAAAUAGAGAGAAUAAAAAGAGACAGUAUAUAUACAAUAUGUACAAUAUGACUGUUAUUAUCUAGGGAAUGUGCAUUAAUGUAACUCACAGAUUCAGGGUGGGUAUAAGAGUCAGAAUUUAAUUAAUUAAUUAACCCUUAAUAAUGAGAGACAACAAUAAAGUCUAAUAAUUUAAAGACACUUGUGUUGUCCUUUCCCCCCCCACCUGUCACAUCUGAUUUUAUUUUGAAACUGGUGUCGCUCCACAUCCGGCACCGACCUCGUUUAACUUGACCAACGGCCCUUCCCGUUUAAUCCCACCCGCGAUCCGGGUACUCGGGAUCCAUUGAGCAGCCUGGCCCGGGCCAACACGAAGCGACAACGGGGGGGGUGAUUCUGUGUGCCUUCGCUCCCUGUCAGACACCUUGAACACGAUCACUGGCGGUUUUUAUUGUUUGUUUUGUUUUUGUUUACCCCUCCGAUACCCCGGUACCCCGGCAGCGACGUCACCAAACCCCGUUAAACGCCGCGUCGGUUAGUUAGCCGUUGGUUCGAAUGUCACGUUUGAGGUCCGGCGGACAAACGAGCUGCCGAGUGCUGCAGCCUUGCGUCAAAGCCAGCUAAAGCUACAACCGGGGUUAGGGACAAGUCAGCAAUAAAGACCCGGACCCGGACACGUUACCUCGGGUAGCCAGCCAGCCAGACAGACAGCAGGGCGGGUAUUUAUGGCACGGCUGCUGGCGUUACACACGCUCCGUUUCUAGUCGUUGUGAGCUAAUCUGUGGAGAAGCUGUCACUAAAUAAAAAAUAAAAAAAUAAAUAUAUUAAAAAUAAUAAUAACGUUACAGUUUUUGCGCAGGUUCAACGGAGGGGGAUUUCGGUUAAUUGCGCAACAUCUUGAAUUGAAGACAGGGUGGGUGGGAGGGUGGGGGGGGACAUAUGAGGCCCAGUUGAAAAGAUGGACCUGAAUUUUUAUUCGGAUUUAACGGACGGUACCGGGCAGCACGACGGCGAUCCAGAGUUCUUGGAUCCGCAGUCUUUCAAUGGAUUUGACUCUGACAGCAAGUUCCCUGGAGGCAGUGACAACUACCUGACAAUUUCCGGGUCCGGCCAUCCUUUCCUCUCUUCUUCAGAGUGUGCCACUAAACCCAUUGACCUCUUCAACCUCGCUGGAUCUGCUGGUGGAACGUUCCACACUCCCAGCCUCGGCGAUGAGGAGUUCGAGAUACCUCCCAUCUCUUUGGAUCCGGACUCGGCGCUCACCGUGUCCGAUGUGGUGUCCCAUUUCGGGGAGCUGUCGGACACCGGCCCCUCCGACAGCGUGGUCGUACCCGGGAACGCCGUGGUCGAAGGGGACGACCCCUCGUUCGCCUCCACUUUCGUCAACGCCCCCUCGCAGGGGCUGGAGCACCUGAGUCUGGGGGUCAUCAACCAGUCGGGAGGAAGCGCUUUGUUGGGGUCGUCGCUGGGAAUGGACCUCGGUCAUCCCAUCGGCUCUCAGUUCAGCAGCUCGUCCCCGGUGACCAUCGACGUCCCGCUGGGUGACAUGAGCCAGGGCCUGCUGGGGUCCAACCAGCUGACCACCAUCGACCAGUCGGAGCUCAGCGCUCAACUGGGGCUCGGCUUGGGAGGCGGGAGCAUAUUGCAACGCCCCCAGUCGCCCGACCACCCUCUGUCGGCCACGGCGUCGCCCACCAGCUCGCUCCAGGAUGACGACAUGGAUGACUUUAGAAGGAGCGUGCUGGUGGAAUCUCCGGUCUCCCUGGCGGUCUCUUCGGGAGUCAUCUCUCUCGACCCUUCCCUGUCCGACUCGCCACUUUCCGCCCCCGCCUCCAGCAUCUCCCCGGCUGUCGGACGGAGAGGAGGGGCGGGCAGAGGGAAGAAGCCGCCGAGGACGAAAGACCCCAACGAGCCUCAUAAACCCGUGUCGGCCUACGCUUUGUUCUUCAGGGACACGCAGGCAGCCAUCAAGGGACAAAAUCCCAACGCUACAUUUGGAGAAGUUUCAAAGAUAGUGGCCUCCAUGUGGGACAGCCUGGGGGAGGAGCAGAAGCAGGUGUACAAGAGGAAAAACGAAGCGGCCAAGAAGGAUUAUUUGAAGGCGCUGGCAGAGUACAGAGCCGGCCACAUUUCUCAGGCCCCUAUUGAAGUCAUGGACACCGCCCCAUCGCCCCCACCUCCAGCCCCGGCUCCCGCCGUCGCGGCCUCGUCUGCCACCGCGCUCGCCGCUCGCGCCACCAGGUCACAGCAUUACAACCCCGAGGAGAACACCAUCACCAACAUCUGCACCUCCAACAUCAUCCUGGACCUGCCCCAGGUCACCACACGCUCCCGCACCGGCGCCAUCAAACCCCAACCUCCGCCCGUGACCACCCCACCGAACCCCCCCACCGUCACCAAGAUCAUCAUCAAGCAGACGCCGCUGCCCUCCGGCGGCGUGUCCGUCACGGCGACGACGGCCUCCUCGCCGCGCCAGCCGCCGCCGCUGCAGCAGAUGCAGAGCACCCCUCCUCCGCCGCGGCUGCAGCAGAUGGUGCAUGCCCAGGCUCCGCCCCCUCUGCAGGCCAAACCACGAGGCGCCGCCACGGCUCCGCCUCCGCUGCAGAUCAAGGUCGUCCCGUCGUCGCGGCAGUCGGAUUCCAGCGCUCCGAUCAUCGUGACGUCGGGCGGCGAAGCGCCCACGUCGGUGUCCUCUUCUGGUCUGACGGUGGAGGUCGGACAGUCGGCCGACGUGGUGACGGGAGGAGAGGAAGUGGCGGAGGCGGAGGAAGGGAUGGAGGUAGAGGUCAAUGUCGCCCACGUCCCGAGUGUGACUCCCGCCGCGAGCCGCAACAUCUGCGUGCGUGCCGGCUGCACCAACCCGGCUGUGGAGAGCAAAGACUGGGACAAGGAGUACUGUAGUAAUGAGUGUGUCGCCACACACUGCAGAGACGUGUUCAUGGCCUGGUGCGCCAUCCGAGGGCAGAACUCCACCACGGUCACAUAAGGGAGUGGGGGGUUAAAGGACACAUCUGACGGAGGAGUGUUGCACAUAGAUGAGAAAAAAAAAAAAGACAAAGAAUAACACAGGAAAUGCAAAUGAACAGAGGAACGACUGAACGAACGAACGAACGAUCGGGCUCAGGUUUAUCGGCACAUAGCGGAACCACAAAGACAAGUCGCAGGAACGUAUUUGAAAGUCACUACGAUGUACUUUUUCUCUUACUCCUCGGCUUCCUGACGGAUAAAACUUUAAAAGAAAGUACGGACGCGUGGAUGAAUAACGAUACUAAGAAAGAAACUAAAGACUUUUUUUUUUCCUUUUUGAUCAUCUAUUGUGAAUUUGAAUUAUGGACUUGGUGAUAAAACAUAAAAAAAAAAAGGACAUUUUAUAUGGACUUACUGUGUUUUUAAUUGUUUUGAAAAGAAAGAAAAAAAGGUUGCAAGAAGGAAAUCAUGAAUCUUGCAGAUGAAUUCAGUUAAUUUUUAUUAUUAAUUUAAAAGAAAGAUUCCACUUUAUCUGUGUAUGCUCUUCCCUUUACUGUUUCAUCAACGAUCGAUUGAUGUGAAUGAAAAUCUGAGAAGUGAUUUUUUUGUUUUUAGUUCUUCAACAAAGUGCGGGUGCUUCGGCGUUGGGGGGGUGGAAAGGGGCAACAACCGGGCAAAGCACAAACAGUCUGUAAAGGUAGUUUAAAGUCACACAAGAAGUGUGAAAUGUUUGGGAAGAAGCCAUUUCGAGACAAAAGGUGGAAAUUAAUCUGCCAGCAGCCAAAUGACGUUUGUUACUUAACAAGGAAGAGGAGGAGGAAGAGGAAGAGGAGGGGAGGGGUCAAAGAAAACUACCAUCAUGCAAAGGAUUUUACUUCAAUCUUUGAAAACAGGUGCUAACAUUCAGGAAAGAAAUAUCUCUAAAUAUCUAAUGUUCUCCUGCUGAAAUCUCCGGCAACAUAAGAGCUUUUUUUUUUUUUAAAUAUGUGGUGCAUAUUUCUUUUAUUUUACAUUUUGUGGUGAAAUUUUGGUUUUUGAAGGCGGGUAGGGGCGGGGGAAUUAAAGGAACAAACCCCCAAAAAACAAUUGGAUUUGAAAUGGACACACCAGCUCUGACAACACUACUGUAAAAGGGGGACUGGAGAAUACAGUAUAUAAAAGCUUUACUUUUUAACAUAACAGUAUUUAAUUUAAUAAAUUGCUUUCAGGUCUGUUAAAUAAUCAAGAAAAGGAUGUUUGCUUCUGAAAAAAAAACUGUUCCCAGUCGGAUAUAAUGACGCCGCGAUCGGUCUGGUUUAUUGUAGAUAUCCUGGAAAUGUUUUUAAUGGUGAAAUAAAAAAUAUUUUAUGUUUUAAUAUA